AUGAUGGACCUGGAUCCCCGCCUCUACGAGAACGUCUCUGUCAGCGAUAAUGAUGUCCGCAACAUAGUGCUGUCUUAUCUUAUGCACAACUGUUUUAAGGAGACUGCUGAGACAUUCUUAUCCAGCACUGGUUUGGAACUACCUGUUGAUUACACUGUGGAUGUAGAUAAGCGUAAAGGUGUUUAUUCUCAUGCCAAGACUGAAUCUUCGAUUUUCAGUUUUGUGUUGGAAGGCAAUGCCCUGAAGGCUAUAGACCUGACAGAAGAGUUGGCACCUAACUUGCUAGAGAAUGAUAUGGAUUUGCAUUUUGAUUUGUUAAGUCUUCAUUUCAUUGAGUUAGUUCGUUCUAGAAAAUGCACAGAAGCUCUUGAAUUUGGUCAGAAAAGGUUGACACCAUUCGGAAAAGUGCCCAAGUACGUUGAAAAGCUAGAGGACUUUAUGGCCCUCCUAGCUUAUGAAGAGCCUGAGAAGUCACCUAUGUUUCAUCUACUAAGCCCAGAGUACAGGCAGAAUGUUGCAGAUAGCUUGAAUCGGGCUGUUCUAGCACAUGCUAAACGACCAGCAUAUUCAUCAUUGGAGAGAGUGAUACAACAAGCGACUGUGGUUAGACAAUACCUACAGCAGGAAGUUGGCAAGGAUUCUUACCCGCCAUUUUCUUUGAAGGCCUUUCUGAACAAGUAA